AUGGAUACAAUUUAUAUACUUAUCGAGAUGAAAAUUAUAUUAGGUAUAUUUAAUAGUUGAAAAUGAUGUAGUUUUGAACGGAAAGUGUAAUGGAAAUGGAAGUUUGAUGAGAUAUAAUGAAUAUGAGGAGGAAAAGUUUUAUAAGAAUUGA